CCAAGCCGCAAGAAAAAUAAAAGCCCUGGACUUCCCCUCGAACACCAACUUCCAUUUCAACUUAGGGCAAACAGACAAUUUGUCCAAAGGUAGAGGCUUACGAACUUCCUGUGGUUCAGAUUUCUAACAGAGCUUGUACGAGUUGCUCAUCCUGGCGCCCGGAGAGCGGAGUGAGCAGAGGUGAGUCCAGAGGACUCAGGGACAGGGCACUUUCCAGACGACCGAACCAGCGAUUGCCUGGCUUCCAGAAGGCAGAGGAGCACAGUGGUAAGAGCCUGACCCUCAAGUCAGACUACCUGGGUGCGAGUUCUGCCUCUGCUGCUUUCUAACUAUGUGACCAAAGGUGAGAGCAGUCCACCAUAAUGGAACCCAAACCUCAGAAGAGUCCAGGUACCCCAGGCAAACCAUUUCCGUUUCAUUUUGAAAAUGAAGUCUGCAAGCAAGAUUACUUCAUUAAAUCACCGCCCCCUGCACUUUUCUUCUCUGCGGGCUCUUGGAAAAAGCGAUUUUUUGUCCUGUCAAAGCGCAGGGAAUCGGGCUUUACUCUUUUCUAUUACAAAGACCAUCAGCAACGAGGGGCCAUUGAACUUGACCAAAACUCCAGUGUCGAGGUUGGCAUAAGUAGCCAUGAAAAAAUGCAAGCUGUCCAGAAGAUGUUUAAAUGCCACCCUGAGGAGGUGAUGUCCAUCCGAACCGCCAGCAGGGACUACUUCCUCAUCGCCCAUAACAGGGAGAAGAUUGAAGACUGGGUCUCUGCCAUGUCCUCGCUCUGCUGGAACAGGCCCGCAGCGCACCUGAGGACGGAGGUCACUCUCCAUCUCGGCCACACUACCAGGGCGGACACCACUCUCUUCCUCAGACAAACAAUGGAGUGUGUCUCGCAGAAUGAUAAAGGACCUUCUUCAGACCCCAGUCCGCUCCUUGAUGCUGCUAGUACACUGGAGGCUGACAGCUCCGCUUCAAGAGCCCGUCUUCCAAACACGCAUGUCGUGGGAAAAGGUUCUCCAGGAAGAAAGCAAGCUCCUCUUCCACAAGAUUUCUCUUCAGAGACCACAGAAGAUAAGAAAGAAAAGAAUUAUUAUCUCAGUCCCCGAAAUGUCCUUUUAGAGUUGGAUAAAAUUAUUGAGUCCAAUUAUUCUGAUGAAUCCACUGAACCUGGUAGUCCAGACAAGGUCUUGAAGAGAACUGAAUAUCUUUACAUGUCAAUGAAAUCCUGUGUUCUCAAAGAGACUUCUGACCAGUCCACCGAGAGCAAAGAGAAAUCCCCGGCCCUUCCAGAAGCACAGAAGGAGGGGUUUCAACUACAAGAACAAGGCUCUGGAAAUGAUGUAUGGCUUUCAUCCGCCAAUUCAGAAGCACAGGCCACAGAUGACCAAAGGGAGCCGGUCUCACUCACGCUCGUGCAGUUGUCUAUAUUAAUCAAUAACAUCACUGAUGAAAGCCAAGUGGAGAAACUGGAUGUAUUCCUCUCUCCUCCUGACAUCACAAAUUAUUUGGCUUUCAUAGAAGCUGCAGGACGGAUAUGUGUAGCCCAGUGGGUAGGCCCCCCACGCCUGGGGUGCUUGUUUUGCCAUGGAGAUCACCUUUUGGCUGUGAAUGACCUGGAGCCCCAGAGCCUGGAGGAGGUAUCCUUGUUUCUCAGUCGGUCCAUCCAAAAGGAGAAAGUAAAACUCACCAUCGGACGGAUCCCAAAUUCGGAGAAAUUCCAUGCGAUUGCCUGUAUGUGCCCAUCAAAAUACCAGACUACUGCCCCGUUUCAUCUGGAUAACCCUGAACUGCAGCGGGCGCCAAAGAGAAGUCCAGCCAUCAGAAAGGGCCAGCAGAAAGAAAGUGGAGAAUAACAAGCCAGGGAUCCGGCACAGCAGAGAAGGAAGGAAGCCCACUCUGUACCAGGCUUGGCCCCUCACUGCCAUGUCAUACGGGCACACCCCUCUGAAUUUCGGCAUCUGCAUCCUGACAGUGUCCCCUCUCUGAUGAUAUACCUGGGAGAUGGAAAGGAUGAAAUAGGUUUCAUGGAACUCUGGAACACAGCGAUGGAAACGCUUAUUAUCUCAAAGACCACAAGCUUAGAUGGUUCCUCAUCUCGAAUCCACAGUGUGUUCUGUUGAGGUUGUGCUGCACACAAUUCUUUCUUUGUUCAGGAACCAACAGUUGGCUAUACUCAUUCCUGGAAGACAGAUUCCCAAAAGAGUGUGAUAUCAUCGUGCCCUUCCCAAGAACCUCCUGCCUCCUCACUCCCAUGUCCGCAGCGCUAAGACAGAGUAGCCCCUUGGA